AGAAGAUUCAAUCGUUGGGAGAGCUUGCGUGUGUAUGUUUUGAUAGGCGAAUCAAUCUAGUUGGCCGUUUUGCGUGGAGAUGUGUUCGAGCGUAAUUGUGCCGCAAAGCAAGUGAGCGAAGCUGCUGGGCGUGUGUGUGUGUGUGCUGUACAUGCGUGCACGCGUGUGUAUGUGCGUGCGAGUUGUGUGCAGUGGGGUUUCGCCCGGUUUUUUUGGAGCAGCACUGUUUCGUUUUAGGUGGUGUGUACUGUGUGAGUGUUGAGUGUGCCCGUGUGGUUGUGCGUAUGUGUGACGCACAGAAACCGUACGUGUGUGUCUAUCCCCCACCCACCGUUGUGUUGACGUAGCGGUGAUUUCCCAUUGCGUGUGUUUUCCUCCCCCCCGUACACGGUACACUUUCAACCGUCGUUUGCUGUUGCUGCUAGCCGUGGAAAAACGGAAAAUUGCCCAAAAACCCGUUCCGGAGUGUGUUUGUAGCUGUGCUUUUCGCUGCAGCCAUCAGCAUUCGUAAAGUGCAAUUGAACGUUAAGAACACACUGAAGCUAUCUACGGAAUAUGGUGCACUGGUGAGGCAAGGCACGACGAUAGGUGGUUGAGGUGCAACACUAGACAACGUAGAUAGACGUUGGUGUUCGGGAAAAUCAACAUCACGGCCCACAGCAUUCACAAACCACCUCACCUUAUCGGACAAACAAAUUAAAUCCCAUCGGAUUCAACAUGGGGAAGCUGCUGUCGAAAAUUUUCGGCAACAAGGAAAUGCGAAUCCUGAUGCUUGGUUUAGAUGCAGCCGGCAAAACAACUAUACUGUAUAAGCUAAAGUUAGGUCAAUCGGUAACCACAAUUCCAACGGUCGGCUUCAACGUGGAAACCGUAACGUAUAAGAACGUCAAAUUUAACGUGUGGGACGUAGGUGGACAGGAUAAAAUUCGACCCCUCUGGAGGCACUACUAUACGGGUACUCAAGGCUUAAUUUUUGUGGUAGACUGUGCGGAUCGCGAUCGGAUAGAUGAAGCGAGGCAGGAACUGCAUCGGAUAAUAAACGAUCGCGAAAUGCGGGAUGCGAUCAUACUGAUAUUUGCAAACAAGCAAGACCUGCCAGAAGCAAUGAAACCUCAUGAAAUUCAGGAAAAGCUUGGAUUGACGCGAAUACGCGACCGGAACUGGUAUGUGCAGCCUUCCUGUGCCACCACCGGCGACGGUCUGUACGAGGGACUGACGUGGCUAACGUCCAACCACAAAUUAUGAGAAUAAUUGUAAGCAUCGCACCGGACGGCAGUGGACCGGGCCGUGAACGAAGCCGCCGCCUAGCAAGAACAUCCACAAUAUAUUUAAACGUAACGCAAAGCAGCAAAAGCAAAAAAAAGUCCUUCUCCUUCCGCUCCCCGAUCCCCCCCCUCACCGUUCUCAUCAUUCGUCUCCCUCAGUUUCGCUCACCGAGGAAAGCAUAACAUUGCCGCUUGUUGUUUGCUGAAAUGGAAAAAAAACAUUAUCCUUAUCAUAUAACAGUAGGACAAAUAGAGUAGAUUUGCAGCAAGUUAGAUGAACGGUGAAAAGAUAUGAGAUGCAGAAAAAAAAGGCUGCAUUCAGUAGUACGGAGAGAGAGGAGAGUACAAAAAAACACUCACGCAUGUACCGGUGUGUAGGCGCAAAUAGUGCACACACGGCGCGCCUAUAGAUACAAUGAUAGGACAAACAUCUAAGGAUAAACUCGUUCUCAACCCAUCGUCACCAGCUCCCGUGCGCAGGAUAGUUAUAAAGCAGGAUUGUUGUUAUGCGAAACAAACGGCAUCCGUACGACAGUCGGCGAAAGAAAGGGUAUAAAUUAUCUAAUUCUAAUCUAUGAAAUUGAUCCAAUGGGAGAGGAAGUAAUGUUAAACGCGUUCUUCUCUUUAAAGAAAAAACAAUGUAUGGAGGGCUCGUGCGAGCGCAUCGUUGCAAAAGUAAAAACAAAAACAUACAAAAACUUCAACUAUGUCUUUACAUACAUACACACACCUAUGUAUGUGCGCCUAUGUAUGUAAAUAUAUAUAUACAGUAAAUAAGCGUAGUCCAAUGUGUAAUGCUUGUUAGUGGUGCUCUUCGUUGCCGGUGAUGGAAAGAGCGUGCGGUUAGGUCGUGGAAAUCAAAGACAGCGCAGUGCGGAUGAUUCAACCCAUACUGAAAGCGUAAAAUCAUAACUAAUUGCACACGCUGUUGCAGUGUUUACUUUUGCCUAUAUCGAUCGAACCCCGAAACGCAUUCAUGCCCUCGCUCACCCCGUCCUUGUAGAUUUCUGUCCAUGAUGAUCACUAUAAAAGUAUCUUUACUUUGCUUUGUUUUGUGCGCUUCGGCAUGUUUUUUUUCAGUUUCUUUUCGUUAUCAAGCGUGUUUGAGUGAGACAGUUUAAACCAUAGAACCAACCAUCUUGCGGUUUGGAUUUUUCGAAUGCUUUCAUGAGCGUUAUUGUUAUGCAGCCAUUCAGAAACGUAAAACAACACUACAAGUAAUAGCAUACGCUAAAUAGUCAGUCCAUCAUGUUUAACACAUACUUAUUGGUUACUCACAGUGCAUGGAAAUGUAGAACAGUUCAUCCCAACUUGACACUAGACACAACAUUGCACAUGGAACUUGUACAUUCGUUCUUCCCAAGUCGGUUCGAGGUAGAUUCAAUGCCCAAAUUUAUUAGGCACCAACUGUAGUGCGUGGAGACGAUUAUUUAUUCCAUCGCAUUUCGUAAGAAGAAUAGUUUGAUUUUGUAGCGUGGUAAUGUAAUUAAUUAUAUCUACCCAUAGCUAAAUCUCCUUUCGGGAAGAGGAACUCUAGUGGAAACAGAAAUUGAAAAAAAAAAACACCACAGUAGAAAUCACUUUUACACGUUUUACUAUUGCGUGAGAUACAUUUAAUGAUAAUGGUAACAAAGUGUUGGAUUACAUCGAGUGUGUUCAGUUUUGGGUGUCUCAAUGAUGUGUGGCGCACUGGAACGCUUGUGUAUGUGCGAUCAGUAGUCGUUGGCAGGACGCGCUGCAUUGAUCGAACUGAAUAGGAACCUGUGGUAUUUGUAUGACCAACAGUUUGAGUUUGUUGUAUUGCUUGUUUUGCCAAA